UAAAGACAAAAAAAAUACGUGAACUUACACAUUAUUGUCAUAAUAAACUGACAUUUUAAGUUUACUUUGUACCAGAAAUUCGGUGUGCUUUUUUCUACCACGUUAAGGUAAUAAAUCGGAUUUAGCACUUGGAGAAUUGUGUUUGAACUUUUUACAACUUAUCAUGUGAAUAUAAAGAGACUACUGCUAAAGUCGGGACCACACACAGACUAACAUACAGGCUGGAGAGACGGGGCAGAAAAGAUCCGCCAUUGCGGUGGCAGUUUCGUCUCUCUUUAUCAGCAACAAACUACAAAUACACCUCAAAAUACCGACACGUCUCAUUUCAAGCGACAAUUCAUACAAACGAAUAAAUUCGAGAAAUCUCUGUGAGAUGCCCAAGAAAUGGAUCAGCGUCCUGCGCAAACACACCUUUGGUCUCCAUCUGGGUGAUAGGGCAUCUUUAACAUGAACACAAACAUCAAUGAAACAUGGCUGGGGAACGUCACAGACACAGGAGACGGCAGAACCUGGGUGAUCGAGUCUGUCGUCAUCAUAGUCAUCGCUCUGUUUGUCUGUUUGGGGAACCUGCUCAUUGUGGUGACUCUGUAUCGAAAGCCAUACCUGCUUACUCCCAGCAACAAGUUUGUCUUCAGUCUGACCCUGUCAAACCUCCUGCUGUCCGUUCUGGUUCUGCCGUUUGUGGUCGCCAGUUCUCUUAAUGGUGAUUGGCUGUUUGGUGUGGUGUGGUGUAAUUUCACAGCACUCUUGUAUCUGCUCAUCAGCUCUGCUAGCAUGCUGACUUUGGGAGCCAUUGCCAUUGACAGAUAUUAUGCAGUGCUGUUCCCUUUGGUUUACCCCAUCAAGAUCACAGGAAACCGUGCCGCAGUGGCCAUCGUCUAUCUGUGGUUGCAUUCUCUGUUGGGCUGCCUUCCACCGCUGUUUGGGUGGUCCACGUUCGAGUUCGACCCUUAUAAGAAGACAUGCUCGGUGGCUUGGCAUCGCGAAGUCGGCUACACUGUGUUUUGGGUCGCGUGGUGCUGCCUGAUUCCGCUCUGUGCCAUGCUGGUGUGUUACAGCCUCAUCUUCCGCGUGGCACGGCACAAAGCCCGCAAGGUGCAUUGUGGGACGGUUGUAGUAACCCAAUCGCCCUCGUCAUCCAAUAGGAACGGACGAAAGAACUCCACCGCCUCGGUUUCAUCCGUCGGUAGCCGUAGAGGCGUGAUUUAUGCUGGCAGCCAGUGCAAAGCCCUGGUGACCAUUUUAGUGGUGGUUGGCACCUUCUUGUUGACAUGGGGGCCGUAUGUUGUAGUCAUCAGCACAGAAGCAAUACGAGGGAAAGGAAGUGUGUCACCAGGACUGGAAAUGUUGGUGACCUGGCUGUCAUUUGUCAGCGCUGCAUGUCAUCCUCUCAUAUAUGGGCUGUGGAAUAAAACUGUUAGGAAGGAACUGCUUGCCAUGUGCUGUGGUGACCACCACUACAGAGAAUCAUUCAUCGGUCGUCACAGGAAGUCCCGCCUCUUUAGCAUCUCCAAUCGAAUUACAGAUCUUGGUAUGUCUCCACAUCUGACGGCCAUGCUUGCUGGAGGAGGACAGCUUUUAGGUGCCGGAAGCAGCACAGGAGACACCGGAUUCAGCUUUUCUCAGGACUCAGGUACAGACAUCAUGUUGCUGGAUAACUGUUCUGAGUUCGCAGAAACCUCCCAUUGCAGUGCUUCAUUCAACAAGCGCAGGAGCUCCGUCAAGUUUGAGGAUCAGGUGGAACAUACCAAAGGUGAAGAUCAGUCCCAGCAUCUGGUGAAGGCAGAGAUACACCAGGUGAUUGACAGCUUUGCGUCCAGCAUGGCUAAAUCCAUAGAAAGCGAUGCCAAACUUCUGCUGUUUGGAGCCGAGUCUCUAAUUGACAAUAUUUCAUCGUGUCAGCCCAUACAAAGAUCCUCACGCUACCCAGACGGUCAGAGAGCUCGUCUGGAGAGUAUCGAUGAGGGAAUUGUUUACGAUGACAAAGACGAGGACGAUGAAAUCGAGGAAAUAUGUGCAUAGAGUUGAUAAAUAACGCAGCUGCAUAUUGGCGACUGUAAAUAACAUGCAUUGCAAAGAUGAUAUUUAUCAGGUCUGAUCAGGUCUUCUAAAGCAUAUGAACAUCAAAUACUUGAUUGAUGGAGAACAUUUUCCAGCGAAGUUGGAGUCAAAAUGUGUGUAGUUUCUAAAUAACAUACAAAACCACUGCAAGAGAAAAGGGGACUUUACUCAUAUUUCCUAUGGUUAUGGAGGAAUAGCCAAUGUGAUUUCAUUUUUGUGAUGUAAAAUAAGUUGUGUUUGUACAAAUGGAUACGUUUUGGAUCAAGGCUUUACUUACACAUGUACAGAUUUUUUAGUUUGCCUGCCCUUAAAAUAUUUUGUAUUGCUGUAUUUUACAAUGCACUAUCACCAUGUGAGCAGUACUGCAUGUUUAAAUGGAUUCAUAAAUAACAUUUAAACCAGCCACAAGUGUAUGAGAUCAGUUUUGUAUUAUUCUGAAGCACUCUCUGAGCUUAUAAUUCAUGAAAAUGCAUUGACAACAUUCAGUUUUCUAAUGAAAAGGUAUUUAUACUAACAUUUGGCAUUUCUACAGUGAAUAUUUUUGCCCUUUGUGUGCUUAACUAAGUAUUUAUAUUAUACUUAAAGGUGGAAAUUAUUUUAUGAUAAUAUGAUUUUUUACUAUGCUAUUUCAAGAUGUAAACAUUAAAAAGCUCCUAUUA